UCGGUGAGUUCAGAAACCAGCCAAUCAGCGAGCAGGGAGCUAGGAUUUAAACGGAGCCUCAGCAGCUGUAAGUUAAACGUCUUUACCUUCACACACUGACGGACCGUUGGAGCAGCAGCAGCAGAAAACAUGGCUCUACGAGUUGCCAGAAUACAUCCAACCAACACGCAACGACACACAACCCAUACUACACCCACAACACAAAACCAACGGCACUUUUAAGAGCCAAUUUCUGUCUGUCUCUCUCCAACCAUCUCUUUAUCUUUACCUCUGUCUAUCUCUUAACCUGUUUGUCUAUCUAGCCCCGUCUGUAUUUCUAACAAUCUCUCUAUCUCUCUAUCUAUCUAUCUAUCUAUCUAUCUCUGUCUACUGAUCUGUGUUUGUCGUGUAGUUUGUCAGAAUGCCAGGGGGGUCUACAAAAAAGACUUGUCCAUAUUGUCAGGGCAUUUUAUUUUGUGCUCAAAAGAAAUGUUCCCAUUGUAAAAUGGAUCAGCCUGUGAAGCAGCGCCUCAAGAAGAAGCUUCAGAGGUUUGACGAGAAGCGAGAGGAAUGGGUGUUGGGCCGUAAGAAGAACCACAACCUUGCAUCCAUCAAGGAUGAGGCCCUUGUCAUGCUUGAGAAACUCAGUGCAGCUGGUUACAAGCCACUGCUGCUUCUAGUCAAGGACAAGAAGAAGAAGUGUGAAAUCUUAACCCCUCGCGGCCCACUUGACGCCUUUGCCCAGGACUGCCUUGAAAGAAUAGGCUCAGUGUAUGAGUACUUUUGUGAAGCUGUCUCCAGAGGGUCAGUCAGAGUGGCAAAAAGAAAAAGUCAGAGGCACCAAGGCAUCUGCCUCCGAGGAAAAAGCCACAAAAGUGUACCAUCAGCAGAUUGCGGAAGGAUAAAAACCCAGAGUCAACGCGGCUCUGGUUCUCUCUGGACUCUCUCUGGGCUGCAUCCUGCCAGCAGCAUUUUGUCUUUGUUUGGUUUCUGCUUGGUUUCCACUUUACAACAUUUACACUUAACAUUGCUCACACAUCCACAUUUACAUUACUGAUGUUACUGACUUACACACGUCAUAUU